AUGGAGUAUCUUAAAGGGGAAUGGUAAAAAAAAACUUUCUUACUAGGUAUAGAUUUCACAGAUAGCAAUGGUGAUACCAACGAAUACGAUUCUCUCAUUUCAAUUAAGGAAUUGGGAAGAUCUUAGAAGCAUUUGACUAAGACAACUUUUCCCUAUAUUUGGAUUUGGACCAGCGCCAUUGUUUCAAGGAACCAGAGAAGAAGUUGA